GUGAUUAACUCAAAUUUUAUUAUACACAUUUUUCACAUCAUUUGAGAAAGACCGUGUGAAAAUAGCUUUGCGUUUUUAAAUUAUAAGAAUUGAUAUAAAAUAAAUAAAAAUGAAUCGGCCGAAACGUAUUAUUGUUGGAGGCAAUAAGCCAUUUGUUUCUGGCGGUGUUUAUCAUCAAAACCAGACUUAUCCCAGCGCGCCCACGUUAAGGCAGCAGCAAGUGCAACAACAAAUAUCACCGCAACAAGCGCAGACCAUUAAAGCUCAACUGAGUGCUUCCUCAACGCAGCCACACCCUCAAUCGCAACUGCAGAUUCAUAAGCCUGUAAAAAUUGAACCGGUAACGUCACCAAGAACUCAACAACAGGUUGGGCAACACGAAGCCGCCAUACAACAUGAUAUAGCUUCGCAAAGUGUAGUAGCCGCCGGAGAUGAUAAAGGAAAUAAUUUCUGUUUGGAUAACGGCAUGGUUGAUGAAAACGGAAAAAUCAGAUUUAAGAGACUUUUUUUAACCCGCAAGAAAGCUUCAGUUCGCGCUAAGGAGAAACGUGUUCUUCAAAAUCGUCGAUUGCGUAAAACGAUUAUACCGAAGAACGCCUUGAUGGCUUUGAACGAAGUCAAGGGCAUUACAAUUGGUGAAUUUACGAUUACGAAUAAUCCGAAUGGAGGUUUUGUUACUGUGGUAACUGUUAACGGUAAUCAGUAUGAAGGACGUGGUAAUUCGAAAAUGGCCGCAAAGAACAAUGCCUGUGAAAAGGCUUUGCGUGACUACAUAAUAGCUAAAAUGCGCCAAAAUCCGCGAUCAACUAAACAUAGUGGAAAUAUGAGCACCACCUCUUCGUUAUGUAAUGAACCAAUGGACACUAACGACGCAAAUGAAAGCAAUGAAAAAGUUGAUGGUCAAAAUAAAGAAGUCGAUCCGGUUGACGACGUGCCCAUGGUCAAUUUGGCGUCAUUUGCUUUAUAUAAGUUAUUUUCGGAGUGGGAAAGUGAAGGCUUUGUUAUACCGGAAAUGCAUCCAUCGCAAGGUAACACGAGUGACAAUGAAGGAAGUGUGGUGGUAAAAGAACCAAAGAAGGCUCCUAUACGUAAUGAAUUGCCCACCAAUUGGGAAUCUAUGCACCCGGCUUCAUUAUUAUGUGUGAUGAGACCGGGUAUUACUUAUACCGAAAAAGGCAAAGUUGGUGAGAAGCCAAAUGUGAUGCAAUCUAUGGGCGUGGUAGUCGACAAUCAAGAAUUCGUCGCUAUAGGACGUUCUAAAAAGACAGCGCGUCGUAAUGUGGCCGCAGUAGCUUGUAACACUUUGUUCGGCACAAAUUUUGCUAAGGAAGAACUUGUCGAGCUUUAAAACUAUAAAUAAAGUAUUCAAAAACAAUUUAGUAUGAAAUGUUCCAUAUUAUUAUUAUUUUUAUUGUUAUUAUA